CCUUGCUCCACGUUGCUCUCAGGAUGAAGUGCUUCGUAGUGGUAGCAGCGCUGCUGCAAGUCGUCCUAGGCGGCCACGUGGCCGUGAGGCUGCCAUACCUGAAUCCGGCAGGCGUGACCUACGUGAACGGAGGAGCCCUGACCUACGCCUCGGGUCCGUCUCUGGAGCAUGUCCACCAGCAGGUGCAGUACGCGGCCCCCCUGCAGUACGCCGCACCUGCGGCCAUCCCGGCGAAGAUCGAGUCGCACCACGUCGGCUACGCCGCGGCGCAAGUACCUGCAGUUGCAGCCGUGCCCUUCGUGAAGCACGUGCCAACGGUCUCACAGGUGCCGGUGACUCGAAUCGAGGCUCAGCCAGGAUUCGUGCAGAAGCAGUUGGACGUGGUCAAGCCGGCGGUGUCGACGCGUAAGGUCGAGGUGCGCCGCCCAGCCAUCCAGAAGCAGUUCUACGACAUCGAGGAGCGAGUCAUCGUCAGGCCAGCAGGAUCAGCCCUGGUGGAGCUGGACGAGCCGACCUCGAAACUGCAGCGCGGUCCAGCAGUGGUGCACUCGGUGCCGGAUGCUGCAUCCUUCGCCGUGUCCGCGAUCCCAGGGUCCCACGGGAUCGUCGCCCAUGCCGCGUCCUACUCCCAUGCCCCAGCAGCUCCUAGUGCCAUCCCCGUGAUCGCUCAUGCUCCCGUCCACGUGACCGUGGCCCCGGUCAUCUCUCACGCCCCGGUUGUUCAUCACAGCCCUGCACCUGCGCCCGUUCUGGCCUCUACCCCUGCCCCGGUAGUCUCCAGCACCCCUGCGGCCUCCACCUUCGAGGACGAGUCCGUGGUCGUGGAGAACUCGGAUUUCCGCAACGCCGCCAGUCUGCAGCAGCAGCAGCAGCUCCAGCAGCAGCAGCAGCAGUUCCAGCAACAGCAGGACUACCAGCAGCAGCAGCAGCAGCAGUACCAGCAGCAGCAGUUACAGCAGCAGCAGUUCCAGCAACAGCAGCAGUAUCAGCGCUUCCUCCAGGAGACCCACGAGGCUCAGGUGCAGCAGUUGGCCCAGCAAUCGGCGCAGCAGUUGGCGCAGCCUCAGGUGUACACUCACUCUCAUGGUGCUCCAUUGGAGGCUGCAACUAGACUAGCUGCUCAUGACCCAUCGCCAGCUGUCAUCCCCAGCGUAAGAUCGAGCCCUGAUGAGUCCAAGGCUAAUCAGCACAGAUUGAUCGAACUUUUGACCGCUCGAGGAGGUGUUGCGGAGGUCGGAUUUGGCCGCGAAGGACCUGCCUCUCAGGUCGGGGAUGCCGGGCACGUGCGCGCUCGCGUUCUGUCCGCAACCGCAGCUCCGGACCACGCGGAAGCCGCAGGUGAACGCGUGUCCACGAGACGCGUCGUCGUCAGCAGGCCUAUCGAGACUCUUCAGGAAUUCGACGUGGUGGAGCCUGCCACGAAAUUGGAGCGAGUCUCCGUCCAGGAGCCGACCAUCUUCAAGACUGCCCACCUGGACCAUGUCCAGGUCCAUGGAUCCGUACCUGUGCUCGGCAAGGCCUUUGCACCUGCGGUUGCACAUGCAGCUGUCCCCGUCUACCAGAAGACCAUCUCUCCAGCCCUGGAAUAUUAUCACCACUAAGACUUUAUCAACCGCGGUUCACGACUUUUGUUAUUUGUGGUUGGCAAUAAAAACCUUC